ACUCUAAAUCCUGACGGACGUUUUGCUUCAGUGCAUGUGCUGUUUCUUUUCGCGGGUUUGACAGUCCGCUUUCAUCGUGCCAUUCGCUCGUCAUUCGUUUUCGGUGGUCAACGAAGCUUUUUGUUGUUGAAAAAUUAAACCACUGUGUCACCGAUCGUUUCCGUAGAAUAAUUACAUCCGACACCCAGCGCAGUUCACGGCAUCAUGGGAGUUCCGAAGUUCUUCCGCUACAUCAGCGAGCGCUAUCCGUGCCUGAGCGAGCUGAUUCGUGAAAAUCAGGUGCCAGACUUCGACAAUCUCUACCUGGACAUGAAUGGCAUCAUCCAUAACUGUUCGCAUCCCAAUGAUUCGGACGUGUUCUUCCGGAUUACGGAGGAAAAAAUAUUCAGCGACAUAUUCCAUUACUUGGAAUUUCUGUUCCGGAUGAUCCGUCCGCAGAAGUUAUUCUUCAUCGCCGUCGACGGAGUGGCUCCACGGGCUAAAAUGAACCAGCAACGAGGACGUCGUUUCCGGUCAGCCCGCGAAGCGCAAGAACAAGCAGAAGAAGCCCAGAAGAAGGGAGAAGUUCUACCGACAGAGGCUAGGUUCGAUAGUAACUGCAUCACGCCCGGUACAAGCUUUAUGGUUCGGCUCCAGAAGGCACUGGAGCAUUUCAUUAAGGUAAAGGUUAGCACAAACCCUCUGUGGAAACACUGUAAGGUGAUUCUAAGCGGACAUGAAACUCCCGGAGAAGGAGAACAUAAAAUCAUGGAAUACAUUAGAUACGCAAAGUCACAGCCAGAUUUUGAUUCCAAUACGCGUCACUGUCUUUAUGGCUUGGAUGCUGAUUUAGUUAUGCUGGGACUUUGCACUCACGAAAAACAUUUUUCUCUACUGAGAGAAGAGGUAAAGUUUGGUAAGAAUGACAAAAAGUCAAGCAUUGUCGAAGAAACUCGUUUCUACUUGCUACAUUUGACGUUGAUGCGAGAAUACUUGGAACUCGAGUUUGCUCCUGUUCGGGACAAGCUAAAGUUCGAGUUCAACAUCUACAAGCUGAUAGAUGACUGGGUGCUGAUGGGCUACAUGGUGGGCAAUGAUUUCAUCCCACACCUGCCACAUUUGCAUAUCAACGAAAACGCGCUUCCGACACUGUUCCAAGCGUACAUGGACAUUUUGCCCACCCUGGAUGGAUAUAUUAAUGAAGGAGGCAUACUGAAUAUGCCACGUUUAGAAGUGCUGAUGAACCGUCUGGCACGUUUCGACAGAGAUAUAUUUCUCGAGAACUACACCGAUUUGCAGUACUUCAAGUCAAAACGAGCUCACAACGAUACUGAAGCGUUUGAUGUGAUCAUAGAUGAUAUAAAAGCCGAAGCGGAAAUGGACUGUGAUCUUUCGGCCCUUAUCAAGGCAUCGGAAGAUAUGUUCUCGGACGAUGAGGACGAUGCAGAACCACCAGGUGACAUUGAAAACGAUCCUGAGUUUUUCGAGAAGGAAUUCACCGCGUAUAAAAGAAACUAUUAUAUCACCAAACUAGGUUAUCAAGACUAUAAUCAAGCAACUCGCGACGAGCAAACUGAAUGCUACAUAAGAGCCCUUCAGUGGACGCUUCUCUACUACUAUCGGGGAGUACCAUCGUGGGCUUGGUACUAUCCCCAUCACUACGCUCCGUUCAUUAGCGAUCUGCAAAACAUCAGUAGUCUGAAGCUGAAUUUCGAACCGGGAAAACCGUUCCUCCCGUUUCAACAGUUGUUGAGCGUAUUACCAACAGCCAGUAAAGACCAUCUUCCCAGUGCGUACCACAAGCUCAUGACCGAUCCGAACAGUCCCGUGGUGGACUACUACCCGGAGAAUUUCGAAACCGAUCUCAACGGGAAGCAACAAGCGUGGGAAGCGGUGGUUCUUAUUCCAUUCAUUGACGAAAAGCGCCUCCUGAAAGCUAUGGAACCGUGCGACGCUUUCCUUACGGAUGAGGAGAAACAACGGAACGUACACGGACCGAUGUUGGUGUUUCAGUACGACUCGAAGGGCACCAAGCAGCUUCCUGCAUGCUACGGAUUCGAAGAAAUCGAGCAGCUGAAAGUGAAGGAGUCUGCUAUUUAUCGCGACCAGUUACACGUUGCGAGCAAUAAACUCGUUCUCGGGCCUUCGAAAGGUGCAAUUCUGGAUGGAUACAUAAAAGGCUUCCCGACAAUGAAACAUCUCCAAUAUCAUGGAAUAAUCAAGGAAGUGCGAGUGAAGGUAUUCAACUUUCCGAGUCGAAAUUCGAGCAUGGUGGUCGUCAUUGAUCGUCCCCUGAAGGACAGUGAAAAAACGACAGAGAUGUUGGCACGGGAACUACUCGGUCGUAUAGUGUAUGUCAGCUGGCCCCAUCUAACCGAGGCCAAGGUCGUUAAGGUAGCGGACGCACAGGUAAUAUUCGAGAAAGAUCGUGAACCACGGGAGAACAACGAUAAAUUUUUCGAUACCUGUAGCAAAGCCAUCGUUGAACAUCACAAUAACCGAUUGGCAAUAGACUUGGGCAAAAUCAGCCAAAUGGUUCAUGUUAAAACUUGUGUUGGGAGUGAGUAUGUACUUAAGGAAAAUCGGUACGUGUUGAAUAAGCUCUGGAACAUGGGGGAAACUAUGUACCCAGUGCAGGCGAUCGUAACGGAUCUGAAAGAAGCACUAAAGACACUGAAGCCAUAUCAGGAGAUUCGAGAAAUGUUUCCUGAAAACUGUCUGGUGUUUUUGCGGGCAACGCAGUGGUAUGGAAGUUUGGGUCACGUAAUAGAUGUGACCGCAGGCCAUAAGCGUAUCAAGACUCGAUUUGAAAUACACGAAGAGCCCAAUCUAGAUAAGGUUGUAGACAUAAAUGAAGAAGCCAAGAGUCACUAUUUGACCAUGCAGGACGCGGCUUCGAUGAUAGGCAUAUCGGCUAAUCUUUUGAGCAGGCUUUCAUCGACUAUUUAUAUGAUGCGAGGAGCGAGACGAUCGGUCAACAUAGACGAAGGAGGAAAGAUGAACAUCGGAUUGCAGCUGAGAAUGGUCACACAAGAUGUGGAAACGGUUGGUUACACCCGUAAGGUCCAUAAGUCUUGGAUGUUUUCGGAGAAAGCAGUCGAGCUAAUCAAAAGCUACCACGAAAAAGUUCCUAAUUUGUUUGAAAGAUUGGAGCAUUUCGGAAAAGGUGAUAUUCUUUUUGAGGAUGAGGUAUUCGGAGAACAAAAGGAGGGUGCCGUAGGACUGAAAGAGUUGAUAGCAUGGAUUAAGAGUCAGGAUCACGCGAAGGCAGAAAAGCGAUCUUGUGGGACAAAAAUGUUGGAACCUAAUGCCGUAGAGGAGCUGGUGAAGAUAGUCGAUGAACAGGCAACCAAAUUGCCUACCAUGCAGACCAUGUUUGUACAUCCGAAGGAUCUGUACAAGCCGGGAAUGAAACAGGCGAAAAGUAUCGAUCAUCAAGCUAAUUACGAACUGCUUGAUCGCGUGAUUAUCGCUCGAGACACUGAGGUUGUUCCUCUGGGUUACCGGGGUACGAUUAUCGGAAUACACCUCGCCAAGGAUCCGAAUCCGGUUCGACAAGAGAGUAUCGUGGCCAAAAGUGACAAAUAUUUCGAUGUGUUGUUCGAUAAAGAGUUUCCCAAUGGCGUUCAAAUUUUCGGUAUUUCUGCCACGAAGAACCGUGUAGUGCGAGUUGCCGAAGGAGCCGUGUUGAAUAUUUCAUUCGGAACUGCUGACUUGGAAUACAAGCAAGUAGAUCCCAGCCAGCCAAUCAUACUCCCGGCCGAAGAAUUCAUCAACCGAAAUAACCAGCAUGCUCAACAUCAGAGGAAACACGAGCUGGUCCGAAUAUUCCCUCCAAAACCGACGCCUACAGCGGAAUCUAUCAAGAAGCGCCUGAAUGAGCGAAUUGAGAAGAAAAACCCAAAUAAAGCGUUCAUCCUCGCCAACAGGAAACCGUUGGAAGAGAGUAUAAGUAGUGAUCCUAAUGCGCAAACAGCCUGUGAUUUUGAAAAACUGUGGAAUAAGCUCAGGGAGUCAUCGCAAGCGCCGUCCACCUUUGACGAUCGCGAUAUCAAAAGUUUCAUAUCGAAAAAUUCAAUCCCUCCUCCGCCAUUGAAGACUGCGAUAGAUGUUGUGCCAGAAAAAAAUGCAGCUGAUACAUCGACUGAAGAAAAUUCGGUGAAAGAUCCUUCAGAUAUGCUGCGAAAGAUGCUCAGAAUAAACAGCCAGGAUGAGACUGCGAUAUCUUCUGGUGUACCCAAUGGGGUAGUGCCUACCAACAAUGAAGGCAUUCUAAAUACCUUGGUCCCCGCUAUACCUGCAGUACCGCCGGUAGUCAACAUUCCCAUGCCAAAGAAUUUGCCAAAGCCACCGUCAUCGUGGAGGUCACCCAAAAAGUCGUCAAACGACGAACAAGUUACUAAAACGAAAUCACAAAACUCCACAGCCAGCACAACCGCAAAUGUCCCGACGACGAAAGACGCGCCAAAGCCCCCGCACAGAAAUGCUAUUCCAAAUCACUAUCCUUAUGUGGCCCAGCAUCCGCCCAAUGUUCCGCACCAUCAGCCGCUCUUUAUGCCAUUUCCACCGUUCAACAUUCCGCACAACCGGAUUUACCCGGCGGGUCCACCCAUCCCCGCAUACCCCAACCAGUUGCAUCCAAUGCCUCGCUAUCAGCAAGCACCGCAGGCUCACAUGCAUCAGCAACAGCUGUACAAUCCACAGUAUUCGAAUAAUAAUCCUGGACACAACUCAAACAACCACCGGCAACGUGGUCCCAAAGGACCGCAGAACCUCAGCUUCAACAGGAACACUCCCGCUGGCACAGGAGCCUUCGUGCCCCUUCAGGCCAUGAUCAACUCCAAAAACCGGAACAACAAUUCCACCGCAACAUCCACGCCAUCCAGCGGAACCGGUAGCAAAAAGCAACCCCCCAACCCAGCAGCAACGGUUUUCGUGCAGAAGAAUGCCGAACAUCGGCAAAUGGUCGAACAGAAGCAGGAAGAGGUGAAGCAAAGCUUCGCCUCGUUCAUGGCCGAUAGCGUCAGUAAGGUUGAUGAAUCUGUGAUCCCCGCUAGCAAGCAACAACAACAACAACAUGUGCCCUUGGAAAACACCAGUGAUAAAGAGGAGAACGUAGAUCACUGCGAAAGCGGUUCCAAUUUGAAUGAGGUGAACCCGUCAACAGCCCAGCCGUGCAAACAGCGACAGAUGAGAAUAGCUGCCAGGUUCACGCAUGCCGAAUAAGACUCGUUUUCAACAUUACAAAUCACAAAUUAGCGAGAUUAUUGAUUUUUUUUUAUAAUUAAGACUAAAUUUGUUGCGAUAACGCCACUUCUUUGUGGUGUGUGACUGUUUCAUCAUUAUAAUAGGUACAAUAGUCAGAUACAAUUUCUGUGUGGACACAACCACCUACUAAGGUCCCAAACAAGAGAUAAAAAUAAAUAAAAAAGCUUGAACUCCAUAUAA